AUGGCCGAGCUCCCGUUGAAAGUGCACCUCAACUCGCACCCCAUCUGCCUGAGGAUAUGUCUGCACUCGUUCUAUGAGAACCAGAAGCAGUGCACGUGGCUGCAUGUUGUCAUGGAGACAGAAGGUGUCCUGCAAGUACGGUUGCGCCAGGAAGUCAUCCCCAGUGGGCAUAUCUCACUCACCAACAGCCCGCUGAGCUCGAGGAUCAUGUCUUUCAUGUGGAAGCUCCAACCUGGAGGCCCGUACGUGGACCACCUGAACCGGUUCUGGCGCAACUUGCACCACAUCAAGAAUGGCGUGGAAGAAAUGAUCCUUGAGCUGAUGGAAGACUCGUAG